AUGAAGCGGCUGCUGGUACUCUGCGGGGGCCUUCUGGCCUUGGCCGGCGUGGCCCCCGUGCCCCUGCAGAACAGGGCGCUGGAGAUGGUGCUGGACGAGUUCCACAACAAAACCCACGUCCACUUCGUCUUUAAGCAGCAAGCCGUGGUUGAGAGCGUGGAAACGCAGCUCCAGAUGGGGACCUUUGUCCAGCUGGAAGUCGAUCUGGUUCAGACGCCCUGCAGGAAAUCGCAACGAGGGACGCAGAACUGCCGGAUCAAGACAGGCGGGAGGAAGCAGAAGUGUCUGGCUUGCUUCAAAUUCGACUCCAGUGAAAACAUGUUGGACAAAUCGGUGCGGUGCCUGUCGCAGCAAGUGCCGUUCUUCCAGGAGGUGAGGAAGAAGCAGGCGCGGGAAUGCGAGCAGGUCAGGAUGGAGGGUGAAGAGUACUACCGGCCGGGCGUGUUCGCCUUUUCCAGGGGGCUCCCGGUGGGGUCCAGCUGAGGCCACCCCCCCCCAGAAGAAGGCCGAGUCCUCUGAACAGGCCUCGCGGUGACUUCCAGCCCAAGAGAGCAGCAUCCCAGCCAAGCCGCCACCCAGUGCGACUGAACCACCGACCUGCCGCCGUUUCCUCUGCCCGGAUUUUGAUCUCUAUUUACUCCUAACAAUAAA